UCCUACAGCAGAAGUGUUUCACUGUUGGUCAUGUAUCUGCACUGGCUAAUGUUUUUUCUUGCCUCAAUGGGGUGGGUGUCUGAUGCUGGACACUGCAACAACACAGAGUAUGCUGCAGCUAGAAAUAAACUUUUCAGACAUCUCGGCUUGGACAAUAAUGACUUUCAGAUUACCAGAAUGUGGCCCUUGAUAUACGAGCAAAAGCUUGCCAUAAUUUAUGUUGACCUGUAUGUGACCUCCAUCAUAGAUGUGAAUGAAAAAGACCAGAGCCUCACGACACAAGUCAAAAUUAUAACUGCCUGGCCAAAUUCAAAUAUGCAGUGGGAUAAAACAUCAUUUUGUGGAAUGGAGACAUUUGUAGCCCCUAAAGAUAUGUUUUGGACUCCAGACAUUGGUAUAAUAGAAAGCAUCAAGACAGAUUUUGGAACAAAGGAGUCUCCAUAUGUGAGGUUGAUCCAUUUAGGCUAUAUAGCCUCAUCUGACAUUUUAGCUCUGACCACGGCUUGUAGGAUGGAUCUCUACAGGUUUCCGUUCGACAGUCACACUUGCAAUAUAACACUGCAAUCUACAGCAUAUUCAAGUCAGGAGAUUACAGUUAUUAAAUUUAGUGGUGCAGCAUGGGUGACCAUUGAGUCAAAGAAGACCUUUCACACCCAGGGAGAGUGGGAGCUCAUCAGCAUAAACGUGACUAACUCUACUGCCAAGAUUAUUGGGCUGAUAGAAAUGGAUCAACUAAUAUAUCAGAUCACCAUCAAGAGGAGACCUCUACUGUAUGUCAUAAACAUCAUAAUACCAAUAUUUUUCUUCCUUGUGCUGGAUGUGAUGUCCUUCUUCAUAGAUGGAAGUGGAACAGACAAGCUGAGUUUUAAAGUGACUUUACUGCUGUCUAUUUCUGUGUUUCUGCUGAUUCUUAAUGACAAUCUGCCCUCUACAGCUGAAAAACUCCCACUGAUUGGGAUUUACUGCAGUGGGAUUUUCAUUCUUAUCGGCAUCAGCAUUCUUGAGACCAUUCUUGUGAAUUUUCUGAAGGCUAAAGGAGCUGAGAAGAUAUCAGUGGAAACAGCAGCUAUUGUUACUGGCCAAGAUGACAGUGUCAGAGACCUGCAGAGCCCUCCAGACUCAGAUAGAGAUCAGAAUGAAGAACAGUCUUGUACCCUUGACCUUCUGAAACAGAUACUUACUGGGUGUUGUGCUACAAUUCAACAAUACCAGCGAGAGAAUAUAUCUCUGUGCUGGACCAGAGUUGCAAGAAUCAUAAAUGUGACCUUCUUGGUUCUUUACAUAUUCACCAUUACUGUGUUUCUGUCUGUGCUUAGGAAGCUUUGGUUAUAUAUGUGAAAAAGCACAAAAUACAAAAGCAUUAUAAACCAAGAACCAAACCAACAGCUACAAGGUGAACUACAGAUUUAUAUAGCAAAAUAUGCAUUUAUAUGCACAUUUAGAAAGAUGUUUGAGAGCAUAGGGAGACUGACGGAGAGUGGGUGAUUGCUGCAGAGCUAUUUUGGUGUGAUUUGCUUGUUGCUAUUUUCUAAUUCUCUGAAAUCACAAAUUUAUAUAAAAAAGUAACAAUUUUACUUUUGUAUAUAUACUUUUUUUUUUUUUUUCACCAAAAA